AUCCAUAUGACGAAGACUACCAAAAGGAAGAAAGUGGUGUCUCCCUCCAUUGAAGCACCACAGAAUCUUGCUCCAAUAAAUCUUGAAGAAGAGGAAGAAUCCUCUGACCAAGGAGAACUUCAAAGGAAGAAGAAGAGGAAGAUCAACUCCCCCUCAACAUCUGGAAAUAUCAAUCCGGAUGAGUUGAAGGAAAAGGAACCUGCUGAGGAAACAUCUGCUCAUAACCGGAGCCCUCAACAAUUUGAAGAAGAAAUUCCUCAAGACCAAAGCCUUCCAACCUCAUAUCAGCAUCAAACAGAUGAUGCAGAUAACCAAUUCUGGCAGCUAUACUAUGAUUGGAAAGCCUGGAAAGUUGGGAAUUCAGCAGAGCAACUGUUGAAUUGGGACCAACAGCUGAAGAAUGAGAAAAUCAUCAAGAAGUGCUUAGGAAUACCAGUCAACCACAACUGUGAACAGAUUUUGGAUGACUACUGGGUAUGGCAACGGAACCCUGAAGACUUGCAUCUGGAAUACCUGGCCAAUACACCAGUUUCAGACUGUGAAGCAGAUGAUGAAGACACUGCAGUCUUCAAGCCAGUCUUCUCAAAAGCUACAAAAGAUCAAGUGGCUCUCACUUCUGAAGCAACAGCUGAGGAUUUCCAAACAUUUCCGGAAACCUCACCUGCCCUUGAAACGGAAACCUCACCCGCAUUUCAGGAAACUUCACAUGCUUCUGAAAAGUCAGCUGAAAUUCCGGAAAAGUCAGCUGAAAUUCCUGAACAGUCAGCUCUUCCAGAAACAAUGGAGCAAGCUGUUGAAGCACAAAGGAAUUCUGAAGAAGCUGCAAAAGAAGCUCAAAUGGCAGAACUAGAGGUCUCUGAAACUCAAGUAGCCAUUUUUGAAGAAGAGAAUACAGCUGAAGAAAGGGACUCCCUCUCUAGGGAUAUAUCAAAUUUUGUGCUUGAAAGAGAAGGAGAAUCUGAAAGAACACUGAAGGUUACUGAUGAAGAAGAUGUCCAAGAAGAUGCUGAAUCUCUUCCUAUGCAACUCUUCCAAAGAACACCAUCAUCUCAUCAGGUAACCAACUUUCAUUUCCAUAGCUCUUCCACCCCUGCUCUUCCGGAUGAGAUACCGGAAAUCUGGACAAAGAAGGUCCAAGGGCUGAUUGAAUCAGCCCUAGCAUCUCAACAUGCCUCCUUUAGGCAAGAGAUAGAACAAAUGGAAGUCAGGCACACCCAGCUAAUAGAGA